AUGUCUCCUUCAACAACCUCCGUGCCUGUUGCACUUUCCGCCGAGGCCAUUGAAGACCUCAUCUACGACGCCCGAGCCGGUGAUCUCGAAGCUUUGAACUCCGACAUCGCCACUCUUUCCUCGCAGCACAGCUGCCCGGAGUGGCAGAUCGUAGCAUCCGCCAUCGACACCGAAGAAGAGAGCGAAGGCGGCACCGGAGCCUGCGUCUUGCACUUCCCCGCCGCAAAUGGAAACUCCGAAAUCCUUAACGCUCUUCUCCAAAAACUCGCUGGCGCCGAAGCGGCCCAGCGCACAUCAUUCCUGAACCACCGUAACCACUCUGGUAACACGGCGUUGCACUGGGCUGCCCUGAACACCCACCUGGAGUGUGUCAAGGCCCUUGUUGAGGCUGGUUCCGAUGUUACUAUCAAGAAUGAUGCUGGCCACGAUGCUGUUUUCCUUGCUGAGCGGGCUGCGUGGUCUGCUUCUGCUGAGGAGGUCAAGGAGGAUGAGGAGGGUAACCAGGAGAUUGAGAUGACUAUUGGUGAGAGCGAGGAGGGUGCUGAUAAUGCCGGAGAGAUGUCUGCUGGCAGACAGGUUGUUGAGUGGCUGUUGAGCUCGGAGAAGGCGGCUGCAUUGGAGAGCGGUGCUACUGAGGGAGAAAGCUCGGCAUGA